CAAGUUUAUUUACAUUCUGUGUGCAUCGCAACUAGACAAAUCAGCAAAAAUCGUCAGAAACGUUCAGAGUGGUGCGGUUUCGAAAUAAGAAGCUGUAGCUUUAAUCUAACCAGCCCCAAUGUGCCGGAACGCCAGGAUAGAAUAACAAAGAAUAGAAGAAAAAGCAAACAAUGCGUAAAACAUGGGUUAAGCGAGACAACAUCUACUAUAAACCAUUCUACAAGCAAAAGCUGAAGCUCACGCUGAUCGGCGUAAUAGCGAUGGGCAUCCUGUUUUUCGUGUAUCAGCUCGUGUACAUCAGUCAGUUGCUACCGCAGGAAUCGAUGCCGGCGGGACCGAAAACUCGCCCGCAUAAGGCAGAUAGUAAUGAUAAUCCCAUUACUUUGGUAGAGCUGGCGGGCCGGAAGGAUGCGGACCACCAUGGCGAGCGGGCGAACCAUCGGAAACCGAACCACGAGCAGGGAAGCAGCAGCACCGUCCGAGCUGAGCCGAACGGUGGCAAAUCGAGCGCCUGGAACAAUACACAGUUUGCGUACAUCGAGAAGAUAGGCAAUUAUGAGCGAAAGAUUUUGCGCGGCAUUCGACUGCUCGAUCUGGACCACUACAGCGAGAAACCCGGAACGGUAAAGUUCCGGUGCUUGAGCUCGCAUAAGGAAAUCCCCUGGGAGUGGGUGAACGAUGACUACUGUGACUGUCCGGAGGAUGGUAGCGAUGAGCCGAGUACGAGUGCGUGUCCGCAGGGACGCUUUUACUGCCGAUACCAGAAGCGACAUAAAACGGGCCGCGGGAAGGACGUGUUCGUAUCGAGCGGUAGGGUUAAUGAUGGUGUUUGCGAUUGCUGUGAUGGUUCCGACGAGUGGCUGACGACGCGAAUAGGGUCCGGCCGGCCGGCUUGUCCGAACGUAUGUAAAACCAAUUAUGUUUUGUAAUUCUCGCGAUCUGGAGCACCAACAUCGCAUUCAAUUAUCAUCACCAAACUUUAUUUCUUGUCUGAAUUGACCAACGCAAGUCCUCUAUGAGGGAGAUAUGAAAUAGAGUACAGCGGAACACGUUCUUAUUACAGAGCGAAUUGUGGCAAAAAAUAAUUGCACAGACAGGAAAAGUUACUUUGUCGCAGGGAAGAUAAUUAUUAAAAAAAUAAAUAAAACUAAAAUAAAACACCAUAU